AUGGUGAAGGAAAGGAAGGAAAUAGAGGAAGAAAGGAAGGAAAUAGAGGAAGAAAGGAAGGAAAUAGAGGAAGAAAGGAAGGAAAUAGAGGAAGAGAACGAGAGGAAGAAAGGAAGGGACGAGAGGAAGGAAGGAAGGAACGAGAGGAAGGAAGGAAGGAACGAGAGGAAGGAAGGAACGAGAGGAAGAAAGGAAGGAACGAGAGGAAGAAAGGAAGGAACGAGAGGAAGGAAGGAACGAGAGGAAGAAAGGAACGAGAGGAAGAAAGGAACGAGAGGAAGAAAGGAACGAGAGGAAGAAAGGAAGGAACGAGAGGAAGGAAGGAACGAGAGGAAGAAAGGAACGAGAGGAAGAAAGGAACGAGAGGAAGGAAGGAAGGAACGAGAGGAAGAAAGGAAGGAACGAGAGGAAGAAAGGAAGGAACGAGAGGAAGAAAGGAACGAGAGGAAGAAAGGAACGAGAGGAAGAAAGGAACGAGAGGAAGAAAGGAACGAGAGGAAGAAAGGAAGAAAGGAAGGAAAGAGAUAA